CUCAACUAGUACUCGUACUGGUGGGCCAAUUGAUAGCUCUGCUGCUGCUACCUGUUAACCUCCUCCUCCUCCUCCUCCUCCUCCUCCUCUUCACUUGGAGACUCAACUCUCGCUCUCUCUCUCUCUCUGCCUUUCACUAUCAGGAAAAAAAAAAUGCAAGGGGCACUUCGUGCAUGUUUAACCCAUGGAAAUGUUGUCAAAGAUUCACUCUUGCAACAUGUCCGUGUUUUGAGUCCACUCUUGCGGCCCAUUGUGUUUUCUCGUUUUGAAUCAGUCUCAUCUGCUCGUAUAGAAGAGCAUGGCUUUGAGAGCACCAGAAUUGCUGACAUCCUCAAAGAGAAAGGUAAAGGUGCAGAUGGCUCGUGGCUUUGGUGCACUACGGAUGACACUGUUUAUGAUGCUGUCAAGUCGAUGACACAGCACAACGUUGGAGCCUUGGUUGUUGUCAAACCUGGAGAGCAGAAAUCAAUUGCAGGAAUCAUCACAGAGAGAGACUAUCUGCGGAAGAUCAUUGUGCAGGGAAGAUCAUCCAAGUCAACCAAGGUUGGGGACAUCAUGACUGAAGAGAACAAGCUCAUCACUGUCACGCCAGAUACCAAAGUUCUCAAGGCUAUGCAAUUGAUGACAGAUAAACGCAUCAGGCACAUUCCUGUGAUUGAUGAUAAGGAAAUGAUUGGCAUGGUAUCAAUUGGAGAUGUUGUCCGUGCUGUGGUGAGUGAGCACCGGGAGGAGGUGGACCGCCUGAAUGCUUACAUACAAGGAGGUUACUGAGACUAGAUGAUGAUGAUGACAAACAUAACAGGGUGCUGCUAAUGUACCUGCUCUUGGAAGACAGCAAGUGUAGAAGAGCCUGUAAAUAUGGUUUGUUUGUAUCGCCUGUUUAUGAUUUUCGGCAUUUCCACAUCAGCCUACUCUGAUGUGAAAAUAACAGCAUGCAGACUGCUAGGUUUUUUUCUUUCUUUGAACCUGCGUACCAGGUCAAUAAGAAGCACUGUGAUGUUGCUUAGAACUUGUUAUUGAACCUUGGAUGGAUAUGCUUCUUGAUGCGCAUGAUCAAUGCCUUUCAUGAAGAAAGGUUUGGGUUA